UGUUCUCAUUUGCAAAGGAGGUUUUUGCUUUUCUUUUUGUUUUCCCAGAGAAGAAGGGAGCAGCUAAUAGAAUUGGAGUGUGUUCAUCUUUUGCUGCUCUGUGAUUAUGUGCUGGAACUGUAAUUUCUUCUGCUAUACCUUUUGGGACAGAAUUAUAUGGAUACAACCAAGGAGAAUGUUACCUGUGAGAUAAGUUACCUAGUUCUUAGUGGCUGGGCUUCAGUGCCGGAAAUGACCGUAGUGAUUGAAGUUCCUCAUAGCCCCAACACAUCAAUUUUGUGUGAGGAAAUGCUUCAUCAUCCCUGCUGAGUGUCUGCACUGGAAACAUGCAACCCCCCUGCGAACAUGAAGACACAGGCUUGCUGCUCCAGCCACUGCUUGAGGGACAGAAUUAUGGAGCUGCUGCAGCAGAUGGGACACAAUGUCCAUCAGUGUCCGUGUCAAGGAACAAUCCAGCAAAGAGGGAUUGCCUGGUAGUUGCUGUGCUGUGCUUUGGGAAUUUAAUAAAUUUCAUUGACUGGUUCAUUGUGCCAGGGAUCCUUUUGGAUAUACAGAAAUACUUUGGGCUUAGUGAUGGGAAGACAGGUCUACUGCAAACAGUCUUCACCUUGUGUUACAUGCUGGCUGCCCCCAUCUUUGGAUACCUCGGAGAUCGCUACAACAGGAAAAUCAUCCUUGGGGCUGGUAUUUUCUUCUGGUCUGGUGUGACCUUAGGGAGCUCAUUCAUCACUGAGUCGCAUUACAGGAUAUUUGUUCUUUCACGAGGACUGGUUGGCAUUGGCUCUGCCAGUUACUCCACUAUAGCACCUACCAUCAUUGCAGACCUGUUUGAGGAAGGAAAAAGGACCACAGUGUUAUCUAUCUUCUACAUCUUUAUUCCAGUGGGAAGUGGCUGUGGUUACAUGCUGGCAGCUGGCAUGGCAAAAAGCACAGGUGACUGGCACUGGGCAUUCAGGGUAACUCCUUGCAUGGGAGGACUGGCACUGCUUCUCCUGAUUGUACUGGUCCCUCACAGGAUCCAGAGAAAGACAGCACUACACAGAGCACUGAGCAUCUCCGGCACGAUACAAAGAGCAGAUGAGAAGCCAGAUGUACACAGAACUGCCAAGACUACUUGGUGUCAAGAUGUGGGAUCACUUGCCAAGAACGGUAGUUUUGUCUGUUCCUCUCUCGGUCUGACUGCCAUGGCCUUUGUCACUGGAGCCCUGGGGAUGUGGAUGCCACUGUUUCUGUACAGGGCUCAGGUUGUCCAGGGCAUUGUCCCACCAUGCCUCCAAGAAUCGUGCAAUUCAUCUAACAGCCUAAUAUUUGGAGGCAUCACCAUUGGGACAGGAAUCUUGGGUGUUAUUGCCGGGGCAGAAGCCGCAAGACAAUUAAGGAAGAUAAACAACAAAGCUGAUCCUCUGAUCUGUGCCACAAGCAUGUUCAUUUCUGCCCUGUGCCUCUACACAGCUCUGAUGGUGGCCCAGAUGAACAUCCUUUCCACUUUUAUUUUUAUUGCACUUGGAGAAUUAUUUUUGUCUGUAAACUGGGCUGUUGUGACAGACAUACUGCUGUAUGUGGUGACACCGAGGCGACAGUCCACAGCCAUCGCUCUGCAGAUUUUGGUGAGCCAUUUGCUGGGAGACGCAGGCAGCCCAUACCUCAUUGGAGCUGUACCAGCAAUGAACUGUCCCUCAAAGGAAGAUGAACUCUGGGGUGAGGUUUGCCCUGAAGAAAAGAAUGUCCUCCCUUUUUUCUUUCCUUUUUGCUUAAUCAGAUACAGCUGGGGAGAAGGCCAAAUCACAAUUCCUCCAUAUGGCAGAAAAUCCUGCAUACUGAGUUUUUUGGAUGCUUUUGACUGCAAGUCAAAAAUUGCUCAUGCACUGGCAUAUGGCAACCCUCCUCCCCCAUCCAUAACCAGGCCCUUGUCCUCUGUGGGGCUGGAGAGCUCCAGAGGGUGUUCUACAGAGCUGUCACCAGCACAACUGCUGACCUCAACAAGGCAGGAGCUUCUGAGGCACAACAUCUCUUGGAGAUUAGGGAGGUCUCUAAGUUCUUAGCAGGAUGAGAUUUGCCUGUAGAAUUUGGAAAAUGUAGAUAGUACAAAGAGUGUUUUAAAUUGUCUGAAAUGACCAAGAGAAGCAAAAACUAUCAAAGUCAUGUCAGAUUCAAGACUGGAGAGUUGUGGUAAUUUUAUAUGUAACAUGUUAAUGGCCUCUCCCUAAUACUUUGAGGCUCUUCAGUGUAUCCUCAGGCCUUGGGUAUCUCCUCUCACGAGUGAGCAGUAGCACCACUAAAAUAUAACUGUUAUAUUUAAGUAAAACCACUUAAAUAUAACUGUCCAUUUGACCUCUUAUCUCCAAAGUGAAGGGCAUUUGGGAUGUGAUAUCUGUUGUCACAGUAUCAUGCCAGGUACCAAACAGGACAUGACCAGUGUGGCCAACUUCCAUUGUUUGUCAUGGUGUAGUUCCCAGUAGCACCUUAAAGCCAAAGCCUGAGGAAGAUAUUGGCAAGUGAAUUGUAAAGUGUUGUGAAUCUUGCCUGAUUCUCCCAGUAAAUAAUAAGGAUCAUAAAGCACAAUAUUCCUGUAAUGACUGUGAAUGUCUAAUGUCACUGUAAAUAGCAUAAUUCAGCUACUGCGGGCUUUUGUUCUUCCCUCUGUCUACCUCAUUUUUAAAAAAUCUGUUCUGAAGUCUGACUUAAACCCAGGUAGUGAAAUGUGACCAUUGUGGGAAAUAAUAGAGAAACUUUGUGAUACUCAGUGUAAUAAUUGUCCUUAAAAUAAAGGUUUGUAUUCUGAAA